CGAUGUGUUUAGUGUGUGGACGAUGUGUAAUGAGCUAGUUUUGAACAUUUUCCAUUUUUUAACUUUUUCCUUUUUUAGUUCGUUUUAUUUGUGCAUUAUGAUUACUACUGCCUUUACGAAGUGUGUGUUUAGAAAAUAAGAUAUGUUAGCUUGUAAAAUAUGGUAGUCGAAUGCAGUUUUAUGAAAGUUGUAAAAAAAUGCAGUCUAACAACAGAUACAGACCUUUCAAAUUGAGUCAAGGAAAUUUUCGUCAAAGUCUGAGCGGUAGUGAAACUGAUGUGUCAACUUCUAAUGAAAAUUUGUCAAAUGAAGAAAAAUAUGUUAUUAGGCAUACACCCAGACAAGAACCACAGGGUCAAGAAAACUUGAAUGACUCUAAACGGAGUUCAUUGAGAGAUAGCUUGCCAUCUAAUCGUAGUUCUUUAGAUGUUUCUUCUUCAUCUUAUAACACGCUGAUCAUUCAUAGUGCUGGAGAUGAACCAUGGACAGGUGUGCAGGAGAUUACAGAAAUUCCAGACGAUUACUUAUCUCAAUCGUCAGUUUUGAAGCACUUAGCCAAAGAAGUAAAAGUUCCGUCCCCCAAUAGUACUGCCAAAGAUAAGAAUAUUGAGAAUCUCUUCAGUUUCGAUCCCGUCAGUUUCGACAUCAACAAUUUUCCUCCACCGCCCGAAUAUCCGAACUGGUCCGAUAAGUCCCCGUUACUUCAAGCUGUCGAUAAUAAGAAUAAGAUAAACGCGGAGAAACUAACUCUUUCGAAAUCUCAACCGGAUCUCUCGAAUGUCGAUUCGAUCAAAUGUGACGCCUCCUUCUUUAGAAGAGGCGUCUCUGCACCCAGACCUCCAACAAGAGGGAGGGAGGAGAACGAAUCUAAAGGAGAAGAGAUCUGGCCUUCUGCUGAAAUGGUGGAAAUUUUAAUCAAGGAAAACAGUGCUUUGAAACAGGAGUUGGAAAAUUGCUAUCAGAGAGUGGAGAGAACGCAGAAGCUUGAACAAGAAAUUCUCAAAGUUCACAAAGGCCACGAGGACUUAGUCCAAUCCUGUGACAGAAGAGAACGGCUUGAACGUGCAGCUAGAGCUCGAUUGCAAUCGGACUGUGCUAGAUAUCAAGAACUGAACAAAGCUCUCCGAGAGCAAGUUGACUUGUUAUCAACGCAGAUGCUUUCGAGAUCUCCCGUUCCAGACUACAGCGUACCCGAAAAUCUGCGAAGGGAACUCGGCAAGAGGGAGGGGCUGAUUAAACAACUCAUUUCUCAAAGUAAACUACAAUUUAUUAGGGAUGCCAAGAUAGCAGCACUAGAGAAAACUAGCCAAGAGACUGAAAAAAUCAUAGCGGAGGCCCGAAAUGAGAAAAUACGACACAUGGACGAGGUUCAUGCAGCUCAAAAAAAGGUUGCCGAUUUGGAGUCCAGAUUGAAAGAUUUGGAAUCUAAACUAGCCGAAAGAGAUGCCAUGAUUAGGGUGUUGCAGAAACACACAUACGACAAAGACGUUUCGAGUAUGCUGGGUCGUUCCCCACAUCACACACCUCAUCCUAGCCUCGGUGGAACGGAUAUUGAUCAUGUUUUGGGAUCGACUGUUUCCAGGGAAGAGUUAGUGAGCAGUGUUUUGACAAAUUCCACAGCUUUUGGUUCCGGAAACUCAUAUACCGGUAGUGACUCAUCUUAUCACGUGCCGUCCUACAGUAAAUAUGAAUCGAAUAAAACCUACGACAGUACGAAACAAAAACUGGAUAAUCAACUGAAAGAAAUAGAUAGCCAACUAGAUUCUCAGCUUCUUAGUAAGCGGGGUCUUUGCUGUUUUCCAGGAUUCGCUAAUCCAGUCACUGCGCAGAGAAAAGGAAAAAUACCCAAGCCACUAUUGGCAGGUGUGACUUCAAACACGGGGACAUUGUUCGAAUCGGGUACCUUUUUAAUUCCUCCCUCUCGCCACGAGUCGGGGGACAUGUUAUUACUUGAAAAGCAGGGCCGCACAUCUCAACAGCAACGGAUGCAAGAAAAUAACGACAACAAUCAUUCUCAACCUGUUUCGAGCAGUCCCGCCAACCACUGCCCCGCACCGAGCUCUCUUCCAAGGCCCCCCAGGUCUUCGAUACGCUCUGGCCUGCCCAGACGCAUGGGCGAUUACAACCGCCUCCCCGACAACGAAAAGAAAUCCGACGGGGGCGAAUCGCUCAGUUCGAAUUCGAGCAGCAGAAGGGCGUCUCCAGCUAGAUCGCUGAUCCCUCCUCCUAGAAAAUUGGGUGAAUACGGUAGGUUGUCAGAAAGCGGAGGCUCAAGCGCUUCGUUGCGCAAACCGUCCGCCAGAGCUAGAAGCGGUUCUGCAGGCGAGAGGGACUCCGGCUCGACUCUGAGCGACAAUUCGGCCAACUCUCUACCUCCUCAUUCAAAGGUUCGGUUAUACGGUAGUAAUUCUUUGCGAAGAGGCUCUUCCUUGGGAAGAGAUAGCAAGUCCUUGAACGACUCGUCGAAUAAAUAUAGGAUACAGUUUUGACACUGGCGAUGAAGAAUUUCACGAAUCAGAAAACGAAGAAUGAAACGAAUUCGGUGAUUGAAGAAGGAACGGGAUAACUUGAUGUUUUCGCAUAACUUUUAAAUGAGUCUCACAUUUUUUAUUGAAGUAAAAUAUUUCGUACUGGAGCAAUUUUUAACCUGAACAUAAAGUUGAUUGUUUCUUCUUCAGUGCAUCUUAACUUAUGCUCAUUUUAGUCAAAAUUGUUUUCUUCAAUAUUGAAUUGUGGUGUAUUACUGUACUAUUAUUUAAUUUAUUUUAAAAACUGACACGGGUUGAUCAGAACUUUACAAUGUUCACUCUUCAGUCGAAUUUGCUUACACCCUAUAUUUAGUUUUCUUUUCAAAGUAUUUCGUAAACUUUUGAUCUUGUAUUUUUCCGAAUAAUUUCAAAAUAAUGAACAUGUUGCUGUGCCAAAAAUGUUUCUAUCAAGAUAUUUCUAUGAAUUUUUGUUGCUAAAUUUCAUAGAACCAUGCUUCUUAUUCGAUACAAGAAGAAACAGCCAUUUAUAUUGACAAUUGAAGUGCCUUGUUAUAUCGGACCCAAGUAAUUUAAUUUUAGGCAAUAUACAAUUUUUUAUACAAUCGAAUAAAGUCUUUUAGCGUUCUCUAGUCUACACUUUGUGUUAUCACUAUGUACAAUUUCAGACAAUAAAAUGUUUUUAUUAAAA